AUAACUGUGCAGUGUUAUUGGUGCAUUCCUCACAGUCACAUGGUUCUGUGUUGGGUACAUUCUGAGUUUAAUAAUGCGUCAGUUACAAAACAGGGAUGCCUUCAGGUCAACAGGGCAACUUUGGAAAUACUCUCAAGCUCAAAAGCAACAUUGGACAAGAACAGUUAAUAUAUAAUGGGACUUUAAAGAUGAUUGGCACCACAAGUAGUGACGUCCAAGUUGGCUUGACUCUAAAAGGAUGUUCCCUGGUUUAAGCUUAGCCGUCUUCCUCAUCUUGGCCACAUCAAGUGCACAAACUAUUGGUCAAUCCUGUCGACGUUCAGCCGUCCUCCCUGCUGGUCUGAAAGUGAACUGCAGCUCUUUAAACCUCAUGGACCUGCCUACUCUGCCUUCAGACACCACAGAGCUUCAUGUGCAGGACAAUCAGCUCACCUCUGUGUCUCCAGGCCUGUUUGACAGACUAGUUCGUUUGAAAAAUGUCUCACUAUCUGGGAACCCCUUCCACUGUGACUGCAGGAUCCAGUAUUUGAGGAACUGGUUGCUGAAAAACGGAGCCAUUGUUUUGAGGGAUCCCACCUGUGCCAGUCCAAGCUCUGUGGCUCGGAAAGCCAUCACUGAACUCAGUGAUGACUACUUUUCUCCCUGUGUCCUGGCAAGCUGCACUGAUGGGACUUACAACACCGUGAUGGGAAUGAUGCUGUGCUGCGUCAUUGUUCUUCUUCUGUGGAGUUUGAGACUAGCCAAAACAUCCACCUUUACUCUGUACAUAGAUGAGAGACACACAGGAUUCGAGGCCCACUCCCUGCGCUCACUGAAGCCCAAACACAGACGGAGGCUGCACACUGCACUGUCAGAAGUCAGUGAAGACCUGAAUUCUCUCAUUUUUACAGAGGAUGUAGAAAGGCCACUUAUCAACAUGGAGUUACUGCCACAAGUUCUGGAUGUGUUACACAAGAAGCACAAUAUAAAGAUAAAGGCUACCUGAGGGACUUUUUGUAUACUAUAUGAAUUAGGUAUUAAAAAACACUACAAGUGACAAAUAGAGGUGAGGGCAGUUACAAUGCCGCACAAUGGAUUUCUUUCUGUUUUUUGCAUUAAAGCUGAUUUACUACUAAACCUCCAGAGCUAUGUUUCCUAAGACUUCCUCCUGGUAAGUAUUUCUUUACAAUGCAACCUAAUUGUAUUGUGGGAAAUAUUACUCAUUUAGGCAUGAAAUGCACCAGAUAAAUGUAUGGUAAAUUCCAUUUAAGAAAUAUUUUGGCUUCUUAUUGUGUUGGAAAUGAACGAGACCUAAUUGGAAAUGUCUUUGAUAUUCUUUCUGUUUGUCUUACAACUGAUCUGUUGGACGUAAAU